AUGGCAGGCGGAGCGGCGAGAGACCCAGGCUUCUUCGAUUGUGAAAGCUCGAGAGGUUCGCAUCCCUUUCAUGAGCUGAAUGGGAGAGCAUCCAGAGGAUCCUUUGCACAUCCGGCACGGCUGCUUGAGCGUUGCCAUGUUUUCACUGGCGGUGUCAUUCUCUUGGCCUUGACCUGCUGUCUCGCUGCGAGUCUCGCACUCCACAACCCAUCUUUGUCCGGACCUCGACAAGCAGCAAAAGCAGCUGUUCUGGAGGCAGUUCCAGUGGUCUUAGUGGAUGGGCAGAGGUACCGAGCCGUUCAAUACCUGGGAAUGAACUUGUUCACAGCUCCUGGCACAGAGGUGGACGGGUGUUUCGACUUCAAUACUGAGAUGGAUCAGUGCUACUUGGGGAGCACAACAGUUCGUGAUGAUGUCGCCAGGCGCAUGGAAAUUUUGCUAGAGGCCGUCGAAAGAGUAUUUGCGUCUGCUCAUUGGGACCGCAGUCCCACUACUCUGAAGAUUGUGCUCUUCCCUGAAUUCUUCUGGCGAGGCAGGCAGGGGGCAUACCGAAUAAAGCCAGGCCUCGAGAAUGUGACACAUGCUACAGCCAGCUGGAUCUUUCAUCAGUUUGCGCAUGAGCGCUUCAAGCACUGGCUGAUCGUUGAUGGUACAGUGGUCAUGGCUCAGGCGGCUGAUGAGAACUACGUCCGUAUGUCUCAGAGGCCGGAGGAGAACGUCAGCUACUAUAAUUUUGCCCCAAUUCACAUAGGGGGCACCAACUUGACUUAUCUGAAGUUCAAGCACUUUGUCAGCGGAAUUGAUUUCAUUCGAGCUCGCCCAGAAGGAUCACGCAUGGUACCUGCACCACCGCGCAAAUCGCAUGAGUUCUGCAAGAGGCAUCCACUUUCCAAUGGCUGCGUCUAUGGACGCCUGCCUGAGGAACUGCUGCGAAAGCUUGGAUUUGGCCGCGACAUUGAACUUCCGAAUGGUUUGCUGUCCAUCGGUGGAUUGAAGAUUGGCUUGGAAAUUUGCCUCGACCAUGCAAUGGGAGAACUUUGCAACAAAACGCUUACAUCGGACGAGCACGUCGAUGUACAACUCGUUGUAUCCGCGGGCAUGAACAUUGCAUCUGGCCCCGUUUGCACAGCACGAGGAGGUCCCGUGUUCCUGGCUGAUGGCUUUGCGAGGACCGAGGUCAGCUUGAAUCCGUUUGGACGUGGUCGCGAAGCGGCCCCAACUCCUGACCGCCACCGUCGAUUCAACGUGGGCAUUGACUACGGAGCUGACGUGAUGGUGUCGAUGCAGCAGUUUAUUGCAGACACGAUCUUCAAUAUCACGGGAACCGGCUUUGGGACACGGUUUCCUGGCCUGUCGACCCUCCCUGGAGGCAGCUUCAGCUCUGGGAGUACCGGAAUGGCGUUCAGGCAGAUUUCCGCACUCGGAAAGGAUUGGAAGGACCAGCUUGAAGGCUUCUACCACACUGGCAGUUACAAGGAGGCUGAGCGUGUGCAAGAAUCAAUCAAGACGGCCUUGAACAAGUUUGAGAACACAGAGGGCCUUGCGAUUUCCAGCGAGAUCUUGCAGCCACAAGUACAUCCAACCAUGGACAUUUACGGUCCGUUCGAAGCCGAUGGCUCUGAGUUCUUCUCCGAACUGUGGGUACAAAUCUUCAUGCAGCUGCGAGCGCUUGCUUCAGACAGCAGGCCCGAGGUGCGGAACUGCGCGGUGAAGAGCCUAUCAACAGCACUGCUGUCCCACGGCCGCAAGGUGGGAACAGAGUGCUAUUCGCGCUGCUUGUCGGACAUCCUCAUGAAGGUCUUGGCCGAGAUACAGGAAGCUGCACGUGAAGCACGACUCCGUGGUACGUCCAGGCCUGACAACCACUUGAUUGUGCAUCAUUCUCGCGAUACACCGGAGAAGCAGUGGGACGAAACGGUGUCCCUUGCCUUCGAGGGUGUUCGGCGAGUGCUGAACCAUUUCUCCGAAGAAGCUGGCCCGGAAGCCUUCGCGCCUCUGGCAUAUGCGAUGCUGCUGCACAUCCAGGAGACAAUGCGUGCCCUGACGCCUGAGACCACUGCCUCAGCUGUGCGUGCGCUGGUCGACUUGAUGAGGAUUCCAGCAUCUUGCCAGACGUUCCAGGUUGCUGGAACGCUUGUUAGCGACCCUCGUGUUCCGAGUCCUCCAGGUGACAAAACAUCUGUGUGGAACCUGUGCUGGGGGGUGCUGUGGAGUAUGGUGAGCUUUUGCCUUCCGCGCGAAGUUCCAGAACUGGUUGUGGAGGCGUUCGCCUCCUCGCUCAGCGCCUUGCGGUGUUCUCAUGGCCAGGUUUUCACGACAGUCCAGCAUCUGAUGUUGCUGCAGCUCUCGCUUGUCCUGGUGACAGCACCGUCUUUCUAUUUGCCCUCCACGCCGUGGCUACAGGCCGAGGUCGAGGAAGAGACAGGAGCGAAUGGCACCGAAGAGCAGAGCAGUCGAAAGUGGCUCGCGGAUCUAUUGGGUCAGGCACAGCAUGGCCUCAGCGAGUCUGAGCGGGGCGUCUUCAGCUUCAUUGAGGACGGCCGAUCCACAUUGUGGUCCCUAGCUCGACACGAAGGUGCAAAGCCCACCCACGCCAAGGCGGCUACGCCGGUUACUGACGUCAUGACUCCAACUGCCAAUGCCGCGGACAUUUGGAGUAUGGAGGGCUUUCUGCAGCAGUCACUAAGCUGCUCGAGCUCGUCAGAGUUGGAGGAAAUGGUACAGGCUUUUCUUGGCCAGGGGCCCGUCUCCGCGUGA